CCCACCUCCCACACCUCUUCUUCCUCCUCCCCCCACCUCCCGCACCUAUAAAAUUAUCCCAGCAAACCGCCCACCUCUCCCCUCUCUCCCUCGCUCUCGCGGCACGUCAACCCCAUUAUCCUCCUUCCUCCCCCUCCCGCGGCAGAUUGCUCGAUCAAGUCAAGAUUGACGGACGCGGACAGAGCAUCCAGGAGACUGGUCGGCAGAUCGAAUCAUGGCGACGGACAAUGCAAGAAUCCCAAAGUCGUCGUCGUGGCCGAGGAGGACGAGGACGGCGGUGAGGAGAUGGCUGAGCCUCAAGAGCAACGCAGAGCCGUCCUUCCAUUCAGACUGCACCAGUGAUAGGUUUGGCAGCAGAGGGCAGGAGCAGGGGAGGCGCAAGAGCUGCUCGGACAGGGAUGGCAGCCGGCGAGAUCUGUCAGGUGAAGCAGGGUGGUUGGUGGAGGAGGGGCGCGAGAAUCUGAUGCCUCCCCACCCGCGGUAUGGGCCGGGCUCGUCGUGGCAGCCUCCCAAGGAGCUCAGGGUGCUGGUGGGGACGUGGAACGUGGGCGGCAGAGCUCCGCACCAAGGGCUCGACCUCUCCGACUGGCUCCUCGACCAACAUGCCUCUUCCUCACCUCCCCACAUCUAUGUUCUCGGCUUCCAGGAAAUAGUGCCGCUGAACGCUGGGAAUGUUCUCGGCGCGGAGGACAAGGGCCCUGCUUCCAAGUGGCUCGACCUUAUUGGGCAAGCCUUGAAUCCUUCCUCCUUGGAGAGAACCAACAGUUAUCACCACAGUCACCGGUGCACCGCUGCCGAGGAGGCGAACCCUGAAUGUAGCCAAAAGGCCAAGGUCAUCUUCUCGGACAUACCGGUGAUGGAUGAUGCAGUAUCAGAGCUUGAGGAGGAGGAGGAGGAGGGGGAGGAGGAUAGCGAGCCUUCCACGUCGAACCCAGAGUCGAGCAGCGAGGAGGAGACGAGUGAGUUUGCGACGAUGUUGCGAGAGAGGGCGAGUCAUGGAUACCGACUGGCUGCUAGCAAGCAGAUGGUGGGCAUCUUCCUCUGCGUGUGGGUCCGGGCGGAUGUUAUGCCACGUGUCACCGGGCUCAGGGUCUCUUGUGUUGGCAGGGGCAUCAUGGGGUACAUGGGAAACAAGGGGUCCAUCUCGAUCAGCCUGACGCUGCAAGGUGGCAGCUCGGAGGCGGCGUCGACGAGCCUGUGCUUCGUGUGCACGCACCUGGCGUCCGGCGAGAAGGACGGCGACGAGGUGCGCCGGAACAGUGACGUGGCCGAGAUCCUCAAGCGGACGAAGUUCCCGCGCCCCCACCGCUUCUCGAAACUGCCGGCGGCAGCACCGUCGUCGCCGGAGACCAUCUUGGAGCACGACAAGGUCAUCUGGCUGGGCGACCUGAACUACCGUCUGUCGUCGACGGGCGGCGGCGGCGGCGGCGACGGCGAGACGCGGGGGCUGCUGGAGCGGAACGAGUGGCGGGCGCUGCUGGAGCGCGACCAGCUGCGCGCGGAGCAGAGGGCCGGGCGUGUGUUCGGCGGCGGUUGGGAGGAAGGGGAGAUCCGGUUCCCUCCCACGUACAAGUACCUGGCCGAGUCCGACACCUACGCCAUGGCCGCCCUGAGCUCCUCCGCCGCCGCCGGGAGGCCGUCGCGGGAGAAGAAGAAGCGCACGCCGGCAUGGUGCGACCGCAUCCUGUGGCGCGGCGAGGGCGUGGAGCAGGCGUGGUACGAGCGCGGCGAGUCCCGGUUCUCCGACCACCGCCCCGUCAACUCCCUCUUCUCCAUCCGCCUCCACCACGCCGACGACGACGGCAGCAGCCUGCCGGCCACCGCCAAGACGUGCUGCCGGCAAGGCAGGAGGCGGCCACCCGGCAGCAGGGCGAUGACGUCGACGACGGUGCGGGAGGCGGUGACACGCGGCGGCGCGGUGAUCGAGGCGGAGGAGAUGCUCGUCGAGAGGCUCGUGCCACCGCGGGACUGCCGCUGCCUCCGGUCCUCCAGAUUUUGACACAGGUGAACAUCGACAGACAAGGACAGAAACGGCAGCAGCCUCAAAAGGUGGCCGUCCCGGCGCACGCGGCACGCCUGCCGGCCGGCUUUCUCUGAAACAGAGGCGAGGCCAGCCCGGCCGAGAGCGUAGCCUGCCCGUGGUGCGUGCGUGCACCGGCCGGCAGGUGGCGUACGUGGUCAUGAUUGCUCGCCAUUUGCAGCAAUUUUUACUCUGAGACUUGAGACUGCGAGGUGGAGGACGAGAGACAUUCUUCUCGGGAACGCGCAAGCUUUUCAGGGUGGAUGCAUGCUGCCUUCA